GCCUUUACUCUCUCCCUGUAAACUCCCUUCUUUCUCUUCCACUUCAUCCUCGGAAAACAUGCCCAAGCCCUAACUUUCUCGCACUUUCCCGAGAAAGUUUUCGCUUGGAAAUUCAUCUGUAAAAUAUCGAAGGCAAAGUGACGAUGUCUGAUUCAGAUCCAUCGAAGAAAGUCGCCGAUAGGUAUCUCAAGCGCGAGGUUCUCGGUGAAGGUACCUAUGGUGUCGUCUACAAAGCAAUUGAUACUAAGACUGGGCAUACGGUUGCAAUUAAGAAAAUUCGGCUUGGGAAGCAAAAGGAAGGGAUCAAUUUUACUGCGCUUAGAGAAAUUAAACUGCUCAAAGAGCUUAAAGAUCCGAAUAUAAUUGAGUUGAUAGAAGCAUUUCCUCACAAGGGCAACUUGCAUCUUGUGUUUGAGUUUAUGGAGACUGAUCUUGAAGCUGUGAUCCGUGACCGGAACAUAGUCCUUUCUCCGGCUGACAUAAAAUCUUACCUUCAGAUGACCUUGAAAGGACUUGCUUUUUGUCACAAGAAAUGGGUUUUGCACAGGGAUAUGAAGCCAAAUAACUUGUUAAUAGGGCCUAAUGGACAGCUUAAACUAGCAGAUUUUGGUUUAGCACGUAUAUUUGGAAGCCCAGAUCGCAAGUUUACUCAUCAGGUCUUUGCUCGUUGGUAUAGAGCUCCAGAGUUGCUGUUUGGUACCAAGCAAUAUGGUGCUGGUGUGGAUGUUUGGGCUGCUGCCUGUAUAUUUGCAGAACUUCUUCUUCGCCGACCAUUUCUACAAGGGACAAGUGACAUCGAUCAAUUAGGAAAGAUCUUUGCUGCUUUUGGGACACCAACUAGUUCUCAGUGGCCAGACCUGGUAUAUCUACCUGAUUAUGUGGAAUACCAAUAUGUUCCUGCACCACCAUUGCGCCAAUUGUUUCCAGGAGUAAGUGAUGAUGCUCUAGAUUUGUUGUCAAAGAUUGGAAUACUUCCAUAAGCUUGUUUUACUACUGUCUUUCCUGUAUCUCAUUGACUUGGUGUAUAUUUAGAGUUAGGAUCCACAUAGAUGUGUAUGUGUGUAAGACUAAAUAAUUUAUCAGCCAUUGAUUUCACAAAUCCAACCAUUGAAAUGAUAAUAAUAUUAGUAAUAUAUUUAUCAACGUACUAAAUAAAUAUAGAGCAAUUAUCUCAGCUGUUAGAUUUGUCAAAUCAUUGUUAAUAAAUUAUGUUGAAAUUUAUUUACUAAGGUAAAGAUAAAGCUGCAGAGUAGUCAAUGUGUACAAUGAAUUUAAAUUAAAAGAUAAAAUCAUUAAUAUGAGCAUACCAUUAAUUAGAUGAAGGGUCUUACUUCCACCUUCUAGUUUCUGACAAUUAUAGAGUUUUAAAAACCAAAAAGAAAUGGAAGAAAGAGGGUUUUCCUAUUUAGUGUUGUAUUAUAAUACAAUAUCUCCACUGGAUUUUGUUGCUGGGUCCUGGAUCAUGGAAUAGUAAUUGCUGAAGCUUCCUUUCUAUGUGAUUGACGUUGGGAGAAGAAAAGGAGUUCAGUGUCAUGUUCGUUUUAUGGAGAAUAAUUUAAGAAUUAUAUUUGUUUAGCUUGAAUAGAUAUUCUUUUAUUUAAUGUCCAAGUUUGAUUUCUUUUAAUAUUCUUCUGCAGUGCUGAUAGAUCUCAUCUGAAAAGAAAACUAGAUCUUGAAUUCCAACACAAUGACUGAGGGAAUCUACAUAUUUGUAUUCAAGAGUUACGUUUUGGCUUGGCAGACAUUUAAGAGGAUUUUAGUUGGGGAUCAAAAUAAUAGAAAGAAAGAGAGAAAAGAAUGACUUCUUUCUAAAUUUUAUUUGAACUAUGUAUAUUAGCCACUGGGAACUGGGAAGGCAAAAUUUUGAAGUUUUUCUUCUCCAUUUUAAAAAGAGAGAAAAAGAUGAUAGCUGAUGCUCGAGAAUAGGUUGUUUGAUGAUUUCGGCUGAUUUAACUUUCAAGUUGUAUUCUAUUAGCUACGCAGUUCACCUGAUGUUGCUUUAGAUAAAUGUUACUGCCAGUCCAUCUCAAUCAUCUGUAAUUGCUUGAGAAUGGCUUGCAGAUUACACAAGGCAUGUAUUUUUUUUUUUUCUUUUUCAAGAGUGGAAAUUUUCUUUUGGAAUAGAAUUGUCCGCCUGCU